AUGAGUUCUACGUCAGAAAUACUCACCCCACAGACGGAACUGCUCAGAAUAUGUCGACGAGUUACCGAGGGACAGCUAGCACCAGAUGCUGCCCAUAACAUUAUUCGAACACUUAUGAAAACUGUUGAUAACAUUCCUAGUUUGCUAGUGGAUGUUUUGGCAGUUGUGGAUCUGGAAUUGAGCACCGAGAAAAAGAGUGAAGAAUGUCGGAAAUGUUUCUUGGAAUUCAUAUCACAUCUGACUGACCGGAUUGUUGUUGACGACGUGCUGAAAUGUGAGUUGGAUAUAUUGGGUGCCAAUGAGCAGACGACACGAUCACGAGUUGUAAAAACAAAAACCAGGCUUUUUUUCAAGCAAGUGAAAUUCAAUUUAUUACGUGAGGAAAGCGAAGGUUAUGCGAAGCUAAUAACAGAGCUUCUUGAUAAUCCUUCCCUCACUGUGUCAAAGGCCUUAAGUCGACUUUACCACUUAACUGGGCAAUUUAACUUGGAUCCAAACCGAGUAAUUGAUAUCAUUCUUGAAUGUUUUGAAUCGACAUUGGAGCGACGCAAGUUUUUUGUUGAUUUGUUAACCGAAUUCAAAGCGAGUGGUGAUGAUAUAUGCAGCAUUCUAGGAUUUAAAUUUACCUUUUAUCAGUUUCAGCGUUCCGGUAGUACUCCGGCAUCGCUUUACAGAGUAGCAGCUGCUUUGUGUGACGAAAGAGUUAUCGAUUUGUUGUCACUAUGCACAUUUUUGUCCCCAAAACUAGAAGACUUGAUGAAUGAUCACAAAAUUCGUGUCGAGCGAGACGGAAAAUUAGCUAAAAAAAGUGAAAUCAUCUCUACUGGUAUGGUAUCAGUAGACCCACGAGUUUCUUCAGCAACGGCAGCUGGAUAUGCAGACGAUAACACUACCAUUGCAGGCGUAUCGUUUGCUUCCGUAUUAGCCAUGCAAAAUACAGAUGAUGUAAAACUAAUCGAUGAAAAAGACAGCGAUGAUGCUGUACUUGCAAAAAAUCAGAAGCUUGGCUUGACGUUUGCUUUAUUAGAAGGAAGUGCUUGGCAGUUUGCUAAACAGAUGCUCGACAGAUUUCCCGAAUUCUACGCUGUCAAUGCCUCACGUUCUAUAGCCCUCUCUAUUGCUGAUCUAUUGGAACGAUCUACUGAUGACUUUUAUCAAGAAAAAUCCAGAUUUGCUUUGGGUGACACCGGUACAUUCAGUUUAGGUUCAUCAUUGGCCCAAACUCAUUCUCUCGAGAUUGUUGGUAGCUGGUCAGAGCUGGUCUCUGUUGUUCUUCCUGUUUUGGCAUAUCUUGGCCCGCAUAUUGCUUAUCGGCCCAAAGCAGCUGUAAAACUAGUACGGUUGAUGGCACUGUUUUUUGAAGAACGAGAGAAAGAUCCUACUUGGGCACAAACAGCCCAUACAGAUAGUGUAUGCAAUGCGCUGAUCGAUGCAAUCGAUGAAACUCUAGUACCAGCAUUGUCCUUGGCAAAUGGCAAUUUUGCAUAUUCACAAGAGCUGUGGAAGUUACUAAGCCAUUUAUCAUAUACGGUACGGUAUCGGACAUAUGCACGGUGGAAAACAGUGCAUACCUUGCGUCAUCCUCAAAUUAACAUUUGUCGAGGAAGCACUUUUGGUAUGACGAGAUAUGUGCUGAAACGUUUAUCGAAGGAAACGGUGCGCAUGAUGGGCCGUCAGUUAGGAAAGCUGUGCCACGUACAUCCUGCAGUUGUUUUCGAUUACAUUUUAGAUCAGAUUCAAACAUUCGAAAAUCUUAUUGAGCCGGUAGUUGAAUCGAUACGUUUUUUGAGUGAUCUGGAAUUUGACGUGCUUUCGUUCUGUAUCAUCGAGCAUCUAGCAGCUCCGGAUAAGCAACAACUUAAGGCAUCAGAUGGAUCUCUUUCUCCAUGGUUGCAAUCACUUGCCACUUUUGUUGGAAAUGUAUUUUUAAAAUAUAACAUUGAAUUGACGGGAGUUUUACAAUAUGUAGCGAAUCAGUUGAAAAAUAAUAAAAGCUUUGAUUUACUGGUCCUGCGAGAAAUUAUACAAAACAUGUCCGGCAUUGAAUCUACGACGGGAUUAACAGCAGAUCAAUUGGAAGCACUUGCUGGAGGUGAUACGCUGAGGCAGGAGGCAGGCUCUUUCUCAACGUUUCGCACAAACAGACGUGCUAUAUUACGCCUUCGUGAUGCACUGUUCAAAGAACAUCUCAUCGUGGGUCUAUCCAUACUGACUGCUCAACAGCGUCAGUGUAUAGUGUAUUCUGAAUCACCAGACAUACCCCUAAAGCUUGCUGGUCAAAUGCUCGACCAGUGCCAAGAAACUUUGAUUCAAUUUGGUUCUUUCCUGCGUACAAAUGUACGACAAGAAGAUUACUGUAAUCGGAUGCCCUCUGUUUGGGAACUCAUCGGUCGUUUUCAUCUUCCUGUAGAUGCAGCCUUUUUUAUCUCGAGACCAACAUUCAUGCAUCGCGUCUAUAGUAAUUUUGACAAAAGCCGCAAGUCACUUCGUGAAUCAGAUGGAAGCAAAAUGAAAUUGGACUCUAGCCGCAAGUCAGCCUUGUUUCGAAAUGCUUUCGAUGAAAUGAUUGAAGAGUUGGAGUCAAGUCUUCGAUCUCUCUUACCUGAUUUUAUUUGGGCAGACAUUUCAUCCAAGAUAUUUACAAUUUUCUGGGUUCUAUCCAUGUACGAUAUUUCUGUUCCGAAAACCACGUAUGAACGAGAAUUGCAGCGUGUUCGCAGAUCUUUGGCUCUUGUUGCUGAGAAUACUGAAAUUAGUAAAACAAAAAGAGCAAAAGAAGAAGAACAGUUGCGUAACGUGGAGAAAAAGUUAACCGAUGAGUUGAAGAAACAAAGUGAUCAUGUAGAACGCAUCUUAAAUAUUUUGAGGCACGACAAGGAGUUAUUAUUUGCUGAUUGUAGCCCAAAGCUUCGCGGUACGCAAAUGGCACGCUUUCUUCAACAUUGUAUUUUGCCGCGUGCGGUCUUCACUGAUAUGGAUGCUGCAUUCUGCGCUCACUUCAUUCUUUUGCUUCAUCAGCAGCGAACUGGCUUCUUCCAAACUGUCUUUUUCUUUGAUAAGCUAUUCAAUGACAUUGGUGCUAUACUGGCUACGCUAACCGAGAAUGAGGCAAAUUGUUUGGGACGAUUUCUGGCACUUGUGCUUGAGACUGUACAACAUUGGCAUGGCGACAAAGCAGUUUUCGAUAAGGAAUGUUAUCGCUUCCCCGGCUUCAUGACCAAAUUGCAUAUGAGAAAUCCCGAAGCAACAAGUACCGAGAGUAUUAGUGAUGGGAUGAACUACGAAUCAUACAGAACUCUGUGUCACAAAUGGCAGUACAGGAUGACUCGAUCAUGUCUCGGAAUUUUGGAUGGUUCAAAUUAUGUAAUGAUGAGGAAUUGUUUAAUUGUCAUGAUUAAGAUGUUGGCAUAUUUCCCGCUAAUCGAAAAUCAUAUCGCAAACAUUGAAAGGACCGUGAACAAAGUGCAUGAUAUGGAGAAAGGUCGUAGAGACGACCUUUCUUUGAUGGCCGCCUCAUAUGCAGGUCAUUUACGAAUGCGCAAAACACAUACAUACACCGAAUCACAAUUCCAUAAUCGGCUGACUGAUGUGACAAAAAAGACAACACGUGCAGGUGCAACGAAGAAUGUAAAUGGAACUACAAAUGUAAAAGUUGGAACAAAAAGUUCAGCCAUAGAAAUCACUGACUUAAGUAAGCAGAAAAAUUCGGCUGAAGGAAAUGCUGUUGAACCUCGAAGGCCGGCUAACGUAGGAGCGGAGCUACGUAAAGUCCCAGUUACAGGCGAUGAAAAACGGAAAUUCUCGGAACCACCGGCUGCUGAAUUCAUAGCAAAGAAAAAACUAAAAAUUCCCGAUGGAGAGGAUCGACCUCAAAUUCAAACUCAAAGAGGCAACGAGGAACCGCAAUUACGUCGUAGUGAAACUAGAAAGGAAGGACACCGUGAAAAGGAAGAGCUGAAAAUGGAAGAGGGUGAAGUGGGUUCACCAUCUCCAAAUUCGCAUUCUGAAAUUCUUUCAUCUCACAAGAAAACUCGAAGUAAUAAAGGAGUGGAAGACGAAGCACCGAGGAGAGAGAAAGAGAGGACGAGAACAGAAGAGAAAAGGGAACGUAAGCGAGAAUCUGUCACAUCGGCUUUGACCCGUGGAAAGGUUAAGACUCCGGAGGAUCAUCUAAAAACGCGGGAGAGAGCAUGGAAGCGACCUGCAGAAUCGAUGGAUAGCGACGGAAAUGCAAAAGUAGCGCGGAAUGAGGGUAGCAGUGGCCCAGACAGGAGUGCGGAAUCGAAGAGUACGAAAUCCUCCGAAAUGUCGCCAUCCACUCGUACAACGCGGCACAGACGUGAUCCACAUCGGACAACAGCAGUAAACCAUGAUCGUUCGAGAUAG